GGAUGUUCCUGAUGCUCCAUUGCAUGACGCACAAGUCGCAUGGUCGUGAACAUGUCGCAUUUCUGCUGCUGUAUCUCCUUGCAAAUGUUCACAUCAAAAACUUAGCAUGGCAGCUCAACAGGGAAUGGUCGAUCCAGCCAUCUUCGCGCACCUACAGCAGAAGAUCGAUGAGGAGACUGCCUUCCGAGACAGCCUCCGCGAAGUCAUCCAGCAACUAGAAAAGCAGACAAGAACUACUCAGUCAAUACUAGCACGAGCCCACUCAACGCCCACAGUGAAGAUCAACGAAGUAGUCACUGCCGCCGAGGAAGCUAUUCGUGAUGAGAUCGCAACCAUACUAAAGCUCUCCGAGCUAGCAUCACAGCAGCCGUAUUACAAGAACAACUUCAUGUGGACGAGAAGCAUGCAGGAUGUGUGUAGUACGAUUCUGUUCUGCAAAUGGUUGAGUGCGCCAACUGCACCGGGCCCGGAAGCGAGUGAUGCAAGCGAGCUUCUCACGAUUGAGCAGGUGGGAGACCUAAUGAAGAUCCCUGUCAAUCUCAAGGACCGCGAUGCCUUUCACCUAACGAUCGAAGAAUAUCUUCUCGCAAUCGUAUCCAUGAUCGAAGACCUCGCCCGACUAGCACGCAAUUCAGUAACCCUUGGUGACUUCAGUCGCCCACUACGUAUUAGUCGCUUCAUCAAAGAUGUGCACGCUGGAUUUCAAAUCCUGAACCUGAAAAACGACAUAUUGAGGAAGCGGAGCGAUGGUUUGAAGUACAAGUUAAAAGAGGUUGAAGACGUAGUGUACGACCUGAGCUUGAGGAACUUGCUUCCGAAGGAGUAGGCAUCGCUUCUGAGAGAUAGUCUUGGUUGGGAUCUUGAAAGGCAGGAAUCUCUGCAGACAGAAAAGCUCAACCGGAUGCUUUCGACGCAGGAAAAUAUGGAUAAGAUCUCGUUAUAUGGGGCAAUCUCGUAAACCUAGUGAACCUAGUAAAUCUGAACUAUUAUAUCCACGUAGUUCUAAACUAAACUCCAAUGUUUCGCGCCC